AUGAGGCCACUUUCGCUCGAAGAGAUGAACGUAGCAUUGAACAUCACACGCUGCGACCACUCGAACGAAGACUUGGAUCUUGAACCAUCUAUUCAUAGCACAAUCAAAGAAUUGUGUGGACCUUUAGUCAAAAUCGUAAACUCGAAGGUUUACCUUGUCCACCAUACGGCAAAGGAGUUCUUGACCAGAUCCAAUGGUGAAAUAGACAUGAGCCUGGGACCGUGGAAGCAUUCACUAUAUCAAAAUGAAUCGAACCUCAUCCUCACGGAGGCCUGUACUUGGUAUUUGCUGUUCUCUCAUUUUCAGGACCAUCCCCUUGAAAUCAAUUUCAGGUUACCCUCGUUGGACAUUGAAAGUCAAGUGGAUCAAUAUGCCAGGAGACAUAAUUUCUUGGACUACGCCGCAAAGAAUUGGGCUACUCACUUUCAACAGACUGGUAUACAAGGAAAUUCAUUACUCAAGAAGACAAUACUAGAUGUUUGCGAUUCACAAUCGCAGCGAUUCAGGACUUGGUUCUGGGUGUACCAAAGUAACACUGACGUCUAUUUCCCGCCACACACAUGUCCCAUGGAUCCUAUGAUAAGGUCCUCCUUCCGCGUCGAAGUCAUCAAACGGUCGCUGCAACCAAAGAAGGCCUUUAAAAGUCCAUGGAUUGCUUUGCACUGGGCUGCACGAAGUGGUUACUCGGCGGUGGUACAAGUGCUAUUGGAGAAUGGAGCUAGUGCGGCGUCUAAGACUCACUCUGGAUGGACGGCAUUAUCUUGGGCAGCAUCAACCGGACAUCGGGACAUCGUGGAGCUGCUUCUCAAUAAGGGAGCCGAUGUGAGGACCAAGACUGCCUUUGGCUGGACACCAUUGCACCUAGCUGUUGGGAACGGCCACAUAUCAGUAGUACAGUUGCUCUUGGAAAAUGGAAGCGAAAUAGACGCAAAGGAUCCUGACGGCUGCACGGCGUCACAUCGAGCGCUAGUAAUUGGACGUUAUGACAUCGUACGGCUGUUGGUACAACACGGGACUGACAUUAACGUAGAGGAUAUGGGAAGAAAUACUCUGCUGCAUAGUGCGGCUGCAUCAGGACAAGAGGAAGUAGUGCGCCUCCUUCUUCGCAACGGAGCCAAUAUCGCCUCCAAAGCUGAGAAUGGAGAGACGGCUCUACAUAGGGCUGCUGGAAAUGGCCACGACACGGUUGUGCGACUCCUGCUGGAGGAGGGAGCCCUCGUAAAUGCGAAAGAUGUAUACGGAGGAACGUCACUACACUGGGCAUUUGACUCCGAAAAUGGCGCUCUAAUACGGCUGCUCUUGAAACAAGGGGCAGACACUAACGCCACUACGAUACACGGAGGAACAGUAUUGCACAGAGCGGCAUGGAAUGGGAAUGUGACGGCAGUGCGGAUGCUGAUUGAGAAUGGGUUUGAUAUCUACGACGAAAAUAGGAUUGGAGAGACAGCAGCGAUGCUGGCAGUUAUGCCAGGAUAUGAGGACAUCGUGCGGUUACUAUUAAAACAGCCAACACGAGAUCUAGGAGACGACAUGAUUGCUAUGAAUGCAGCAGGUUUACCACAUCUACAAUGGGCAGCAAGGCGAGGACAUGAGGCGAUAACGGAGCUCCUACUUAUGAAAGGGGUCGAUGGUAAUGAAAGGGAUUUCAUAGGAUUGAUAACACUACACCAUGCUAUUUCAAGUGGAAACAAGAAGAUGGUGUUGAUAUUGCUAGAGAAAGGGACCGACGUCAAUACAAGAUAUUUGACAGGACGGACAGCAUUACAUGAAGCCGUAUUAACUGGGAAUAGGGAGAUAGUGUCACUCUUGCUGGAAAAAGGGGCAGAUAUUAGCCAACACGAGAUCUAG